AUGAAUAAAUAAGUUUGUUAAGAAAUUAACUUGAUAAAAUAGAUUAGAAUAGUAAUCUUACUAAGGAUUAAAAAUAAUACUAAAAAACAUUUAUAUUAGUAAUAACUAUUUAGAAAAUUAUAAUUGGUUGUUGAACCAAAAUCAAUUCCUCAUAUAAAUUAGAAUAUUGAAGCUUCAAAUCCUGAAUUGAUGCUCUAUGUUUUAAAAGAAUAACUAUUAAGAGAUUUAAAUAUAGAGGUUUUGAAAUCAAAUAAAAUAAAAUCAUUUGGAUUGGAUUAAGUUAUACGAAUUUUUUCUUAAGAUUAGUCUUGCUUUAAGAUUAGAAAUGAAAAACUUGAUUAUGAUAAAAUUAUGGAAGACAAAAAGUUAUUAGAAUUUCAUUUGGCAGAUUUUACUUAAAAAUUAUCAAGCUCACUAUAAAUUCCAAUUGAUUAAAUUGAAAUUUUAGGAGUAUCAAAGGGAAGUUUUGAAAUUAAUUUUUUAAUUAAAGGAAAAACUUAUGAAAUUUAAUAAUUUAUAUAAAAUAUUCCAGCUGCAUAGGAAUAUUUAAAUAAUUAUUGUAAUGGGAAAAUAGAAUAUUUAGCAUACUUUGAUUCAGCAAGAGUUGCUGGAGAAUAAUUAGCAAAAAGUUCUGGAAUAAUUCUUUCUUCUGAUGAUUUUAAUCCAAAAUACAAUAUGAAGUGGAGUAAUUUUAAAGAAAAAGAAUAAAGAGGACCUUCUGAUCACAGAUAUGAUUAUUAUUUUCCAAGAGGUUGUUAUGGAUUUGGAUUAGAUAUUAAAAAAUAUGGAGAAAAUUAAGAUUGGAUAUAAAUGGAUGGCAACCCUAAUGAAUGGAAAAUCAUGUAUCAUGGUACAAAGCAAAAUUUUGUCAAUUCAAUUGUUAAAAAUAAUUUAAUGCCUGGUGUGAAUAAUUUAUAUGCUAAUAACGAUUGUUAAGAUGAAUUUGGAAACAUGAUAAAAGUAGGAAAUGAAAUUUAUUUUUCAAAUGAUUUUAAUGUUUGCACUAGAGAUGGAUAUGCAAGUUAUACUUAAGUUCUGGAUAAAUAGUUUGCGGCAAUAUUUAUGACAAGAGUAAAUCCAAAAAAAAUUAGAUAAAGUUAGAAAAUGAAGUUAAAGAAUUAUUUUGUUGUUAAUGAGCCAAAAGAUGUGAGACCAUAUAGAAUUUUACUCCAUGAAAAAAAAAAGGGAUUUAUAAUUCUCUUUCUUUUUUAUUUUUCAAAUGAAAUAUUAUUCCUAAAAGCUUAAAUAUAAUUAAUUAAGAUUUUUAAGUUAAGUAAAAUAUUAAAAAAAGUGUAAAACAUUAUACUUAUUUCUAGAAGUAAAUAAGCUUAUUCUAACUUGUUAAGAUUUAAUAUUAUGUUGUAAUUUCAGAUAUUUGUAUAAGUAAUUUUAUCCAAGAUCUUAAUUUUAUUGGAUAUUUUAUCUUUCUUGAAUUUUAAUUCUAAUAUAUAACUUCUAUUUAUCAGAUUCUGUUUAAAAAUAAUCAUAAUAUCAAAGUUUAUUUUGAAAAUUAAAAUAUAAUUAUAUAUAUUGAAUGUUAAAGAAGAUUUAAUGGAAUUGAAUUUUCUUGGGCUCUUUAAAUUUUUAUUCAAUUUUUGUAUAAUAUUAAUAUAAUUAAAUUUAAUUAGAAUACUUCACACUUCAUUUGAUUUCUAAUUUAUUAGAGUAUAUAUUUUAGAUAAGCGCAUGAGAGUUUAUAGAAAAUAAUUAACUUUACAGCCUUACUUUCAUAAUNUCAAGCUCACUAUAAAUUCCAAUUGAUUAAAUUGAAAUUUUAGGAGUAUCAAAGGGAAGUUUUGAAAUUAAUUUUUUAAUUAAAGGAAAAACUUAUGAAAUUUAAUAAUUUAUAUAAAAUAUUCCAGCUGCAUAGGAAUAUUUAAAUAAUUAUUGUAAUGGGAAAAUAGAAUAUUUAGCAUACUUUGAUUCAGCAAGAGUUGCUGGAGAAUAAUUAGCAAAAAGUUCUGGAAUAAUUCUUUCUUCUGAUGAUUUUAAUCCAAAAUACAAUAUGAAGUGGAGUAAUUUUAAAGAAAAAGAAUAAAGAGGACCUUCUGAUCACAGAUAUGAUUAUUAUUUUCCAAGAGGUUGUUAUGGAUUUGGAUUAGAUAUUAAAAAAUAUGGAGAAAAUUAAGAUUGGAUAUAAAUGGAUGGCAACCCUAAUGAAUGGAAAAUCAUGUAUCAUGGUACAAAGCAAAAUUUUGUCAAUUCAAUUGUUAAAAAUAAUUUAAUGCCUGGUGUGAAUAAUUUAUAUGCUAAUAACGAUUGUUAAGAUGAAUUUGGAAACAUGAUAAAAGUAGGAAAUGAAAUUUAUUUUUCAAAUGAUUUUAAUGUUUGCACUAGAGAUGGAUAUGCAAGUUAUACUUAAGUUCUGGAUAAAUAGUUUGCGGCAAUAUUUAUGACAAGAGUAAAUCCAAAAAAAAUUAGAUAAAGUUAGAAAAUGAAGUUAAAGAAUUAUUUUGUUGUUAAUGAGCCAAAAGAUGUGAGACCAUAUAGAAUUUUACUCCAUGAAAAAAAAAAGGGAUUUAUAAUUCUCUUUCUUUUUUAUUUUUCAAAUGAAAUAUUAUUCCUAAAAGCUUAAAUAUAAUUAAUUAAGAUUUUUAAGUUAAGUAAAAUAUUAAAAAAAGUGUAAAACAUUAUACUUAUUUCUAGAAGUAAAUAAGCUUAUUCUAACUUGUUAAGAUUUAAUAUUAUGUUGUAAUUUCAGAUAUUUGUAUAAGUAAUUUUAUCCAAGAUCUUAAUUUUAUUGGAUAUUUUAUCUUUCUUGA